GCCGGGCGGCGGCAUGACGUCAUACCCUCGGAGCGGAGCCUCCGCGCGCCGGGCGGCGCCGUGACGUCACGUCUGCGGGCGGCGGGCGCGUGCGGGGUGCGGGCGCGUGCGAGUGCGGGCCGGGAGGCGGCGGCGGCAUGGCGGAGAGCGAGGCCGAGACCCCCAGCACCCCGGGGGAGUUCGAGAGCAAGUACUUCGAGUUCCACGGCGUGCGGCUGCCGCCCUUCUGCCGCGGGAAGAUGGAGGAGAUCGCCAACUUCCCGGUGCGGCCCAGCGACGUGUGGAUCGUCACCUACCCCAAGUCCGGCACGAGCCUGCUGCAGGAGGUGGUCUACUUGGUGAGCCAGGGUGUCGAUCCUGAUGAGAUCGGCCUGAUGAACAUUGACGAGCAGCUCCCAGUUCUGGAGUACCCACAGCCAGGCCUGGACAUCAUCAAGGAACUGACCUCUCCCCGCCUCAUCAAGAGCCACCUGCCCUACCGAUUCCUGCCUUCCGACCUCCACAAUGGAGACUCCAAGGUCAUCUACAUGGCUCGAAACCCCAAGGAUCUGGUGGUGUCCUAUUACCAGUUCCACCGCUCCCUGCGGACCAUGAGCUACCGAGGCACCUUCCAGGAAUUCUGCCGGAGGUUUAUGAAUGACAAGUUGGGCUACGGCUCCUGGUUCGAGCACGUGCAGGAGUUCUGGGAGCAUCGCAUGGACUCGAAUGUGCUUUUCCUCAAGUAUGAAGAUAUGCACCGGGAUCUGGUGACAAUGGUGGAGCAGCUGGCCCGAUUCCUGGGGGUGUCCUGUGACAAGGCCCAGCUGGAGUCCCUGAUUGAACACUGCCACCAGCUGGUAGACCAGUGCUGCAACGCGGAGGCCCUGCCCGUGGGCCGAGGAAGAGUCGGGCUGUGGAAGGACAUCUUCACCGUCUCUAUGAACGAGAAGUUUGACUUAGUGUAUAAACAGAAGAUGGGAAAGUGUGACCUCACGUUUGACUUUUAUUUGUAAUAACAGAAACAGCAAACCUGCAUGCUCAAUACCCAGGUGUUCUACUAGCCCGAGUCCCUAUGCAUUCCUUUAUUACUUGCCGGAUGAGCUCUGGAAGCAACGUGCAAAACAAGGGGGGAAGGACACGGCGGGGAAACUGGAGGAAGUGUGAUUGUUUCCGAUCCAAAGCAGCUGUCUCGCCUUUAGAGUUCAGAGUCUCUACAUGUCUGAUUACAAACAUACAAAUCGCAGUUCUGACGGCCUGUAUCAUAAGUAUAAAGUCUGUAACAUAUGCAAUUAGAAUGUCUACCUUUUCAACCCCAUAUUAUUUAUUGUAUUUUAUAGAGCUUUUAACUGGAAAUCUAAAUAAAUGUCAGUAAACCAAAUAAAAGUUCAUUUCCAAGGGGAAUUAAGAGUGAGCCACACCCAUAUGGUAGAAAGAUCUCAGGGUUAACUCUUUAUUUUUGUAGUUUAUUACUAAGGCGCAGCCAUUCCAUUCUUACUUGGUUCUGAGGUAAUGGUGAGAACAGAGCGUAAGUUGGGGUGUGUGAGGGGAACUGGACCCUUGUUCAUUUUUUGGACCCUUCCUGAGAUAAAGCAGAAGUGUCACCAAGUGAUUCUCAGAAGGGACACCCGCUGCACGAGACUUCCAGCAGGCAGCUCUAAAGGCCCAGUACAGAGGACCCGGCGAACGUUGGAGCGUUUGUUGAGGGAGAGCUGCCUGGCGAGACCAGCAGGUGGGGUCUGAUGCAGGCAGCAGUGUCUGAACGCAGCAGCGAGCGCAGAGGCAGUCACAAGGUGAGGGAAAUGCGCUCGCAAGUUAAUUCCGCACUCUUACUUUUGUUCUCUGAAGCAGUAACCUACUUAAACUGGCAAGCAGAUGCUGAAUAGCAAAUUCCCCAAAUCCUGAGUCUUUGCGUUCAGUUUGUUCUGUCCAUAUCCGAGCCUCUCAUUUUGUGGGGAGCCAAAGUUCAGCACCCCGUUUCCCUCCACUCGGCUUGGCACUCCCACUUUUGUCUCUGUCCAUAUAUCUGAGGGAGCAAAGGUCUUCUUUUUGCCUCACCACCUGCUUAACUAUUAUGGCCCAAAUUCCGCUGGAGAAGUGGUGGGGAGAUGGCCCAUGGCCAGCUGGUGUGGAUUGCUGCCCGUGGGGUUCAGGGUUCUCCGUUACCGUGUGCUCAGAAGGGCUGCUUCUGCAGGCGGCAGCUCCUGAAUGGGCUGUCCCUGGAGCAGGCGCGGACCGGAGCCCGGGCAGACAGUGGCUCGUGGUGCAGCGGCACCGUUGCUGUGUAUCUGAGGGAGGCGGCUUUCUGUGAAAUUUCAUUUCUAUUUUUCUAUUUUUCGUACUGUAUGGACACGACUGAGCACGACGCGCGACCCUCCUGUGCUUGCUGCAUCUUCAAUAAAGACCCGCUGGU